GGCCCAGCCGACGAGCAGUGCCCCACAUGGCGAGAAACGGCCAGGAGAGGGGCACCAAGAGGCAUGGUAGUGGAAGGGCGAUACUAUCCCAGGUGCUAUCAAUCUCGCAGGCAAUCAGGAGCCUGUUUUAAACCUCCCUCCCAGGAGACACCGGGGAGAAGGAAGCAAGCGGAACGCAAGGAGAGGGAGACCCAGGGAUAUUGCACGGCGGAGGAAACUAACCCUUUGUAUUCUCUCUCCUGCACCAGGAGGAAUCCGCAGAAGCUCGGACGUCCCUGGCCACCCCGACCCCGUGGCAUACCCCGUGAGGUCGGGCGCCCACAUAUGGUGGAGGAUGCAGGCAUGUCGAUUCGUCGCGACCAGUGGAUGUACGGAGCUUGAGUAGAGCACAUCGAUGGAAGGGAUUUUGGAAGCCGUUCUGACCUCGCAAGCCAACCUGCAGGCAGCAGUAGUAGAGCUGUGUCGAGCAACAGGAAGACCGAAAGAGCGGAUGCCAAAAGAGGUGCUGACUAAGCUGACGGCCGAUGAUGACGUCGAGACCUAUAUUGCCCUAUUUGAACGGGCCGCAACGAGAGAGAAAUGGCCAAGAACCGAGUGGGCAAACAACCUUAUGCCUUUUUUGACCGGCGAAGCUCAGAAAGCCUGUCGAGACCUUUCGGCGGCAGACGCCGUGGAUUACGAUAAGGUAAAGACUGUAAUCCUAGCUCAAUAUGGACUUAGUCUCCCCGCCAAGGCACAGCGAGUGCAUGACUGGAGCUACGAUCCCGCUCUCCCUGUCCGGGCACAGGUGAUGGGGCUAGUCCGUCAUACCAGGAGCUGGCUGGAAGAAGCAGAAGGGCCGCCCCUAGUGGAUAGAGUGGUGAUUGACCGGUGCGUACGAAGCCUACCCAUCGACACCAAAAGGUAUGUCGCCCAGCAGGGGCCUCUCAGUGUGGACACCUUAAUAGCCUUGUUAGAAAAUCACCGAGUGAUGGCUAGUCUGAUACGGUCAGAAAACCACAAACCUAACAACCCUAGAGCCAAGGCAGAGAGAGAAAUGGUAGGAAAAGCUGUCAGUCUCCCACCACUCCGACCACCCUCUGGAUGGACCGGGACGGCGACAAGACGACCCCAGUGGCCUCCUUUAACCCUGCGAUGUUUUUCUUGUGGCAGAGAGGGCCACCUAGCCAGGGAGUGUCCGGAUCGGGAUGAACCAAUGCCGACAGCCGGAUCCACUGAUAGCAAAGGCCUCCCCUGCCACCACCUCACCACCUGUUGGGCCCAUGAGGGAGCCCCGGCCCCAAAGUUUCCAGUGAAGAUCGCUGGGAAAGAUACAGAGGCACUCUUAGACUCCGGAAGUAUGGUCUCACUCGUCCAACCGCAAUUCGCCAGUGCGCCCUGGGGUGACGAGGUGGCGGUGUCAUGCAUCCAUGGGGACACCCGCAAAUAUCCAACCUCCAAAAUCAAUGUGAUCACUCCUGGAGGACGCUUCACUCUGCAGGUGGGGGUCGUCGAGCAGCUACCGGUCCCCGUGCUUUUCGGCCGAGACAGCCCGCUGUUCUCCCGAUACUGGCCAGCGGAGGCGAGGAACCCGAGACGGAGAACAAGAAAACAACCGGUGAAGAGAGAAAGACCCGCCGCGGCUCGCCCCGCCUGGGCGGUGGUAUCCCCCGAUGGCAGCCCGGCAGCCUCCAGUGAGGACGAGGGGGGGGCUGUCCACAACCAAACCACAGCGACUGACCCCGAACGGGCAGCGGAGGUGCAGCCCCUGGAAGACAUACAAUCAGACGAGGUAUUCUCUCAAUUUCCGGAGGUUGAGGGAGAAGAGGAGCCCAGGUCAGGACAAUUCGGCUCAGCCCAGCUGCGGGAUCCCAACCUGACCCAAGCCUGGAGAGACGUCCAAGUGAUUGAGGGUCAAAGGCAGGCUGGGGUGAGUCAAUUGUCAUUUCCACAUUUCAUGAUUAAGGAUAAGCUGUUAUACCGGGUAACCAAAAAGAACUCUGAGAUCCAUGAACAGUUGAUUGUCCCCAAAAACUAUGUCUCUAAAGUUUUGUAUCUAGCCCACUCACACUUACUAGGGGCACAUUUAGGGAGGGAGAAGACUUAUGACCGUGUUCUCGGACGCUUCUACUGGCCGGGAGUCAAGAGGGCCGUGGAGGAGUACUGCCGACAUUGUGCCGAAUGUCAACUCAACUCCCCAAAGGUGACGUACCGAAACCCUCUCGUACCCCUUCCCAUUAUCGAGACCCCUUUUAGCAGGAUUGGCAUGGACAUAGUGGGGCCCCUACCAAAGUCUAGCCGUGGACAUCGCUACAUCUUGGUUAUACUAGACUACGCAACUAGAUACCCGGAGGCAAUUCCUCUACGGUCCGCUACGGGGAAAGUGGUCGCCAGAGAGAUGUUCCUACUCUUCAGUAGAGUUGGCCUACCGGAGGAAAUGCUGACCGACCAGGGACCGAUGGACUGGUAG